UCAAGGAUUCUCAAGCAACAAGUUUAAACAAAUGGGCAAUGAAAAAUUCAAAAAUGGAGACUACGAAGCUGCUGUCUGCUACUACUCGAAAAUUCUCCAAUACGACCAGGCUAAUUACCUCGUCCAGGCUAACAGAGCUCUGUGUUACAUCAAGUGUGGACUUUAUGGAUACGCUUACGAAGAUAUCAUAGAAGUUCUACGCCAAAAGCCGGAUUUUGUUAAAGGCCAUUACAGACUUGGCCUAGUAUACCAACAAAUGGAAAUGUAUUAUGAGGCAUAUAGGUCGUUUAAGAGAGCUUGUGAGCUGGAUGACUCUAACUCUCCUGAAAUAAUUAAUGCUUUAAAGCUUUCUCAAGCUCAAAUUGAGGAGAAACAUGUCUUCAAAGGCCGCCCUUCAGUCUUAAUGAUUGGAAAUAAUGAAGAAGGAUGCUGAGGAAUAGGUGAAAAAGCUAAGAAAAAGCUUCACAGAUUAACCCCAGUAGAAGAUCUUCAAGGAGUUGAUGUAUCUGAACUUGCAUGAGGCCUUUCCAACUGAGCUUGUAUCACAGAAAGUUCUGAACUCUAUGUAUGGGGUGCAAAUUCGUACAAACAAUGAGGUAUGGAUGGCCGAGGAGCUAGUUGACUCCCAAUUCCUACUUUCUUAAGACAUCUAACCCAGAGAAAGGUCAAAGCCGUAGCUUGAGGAGCUGCUCAUACCCUAGUCACAACAAACAUGAGUAUAGUAUAUUCUUGGGGAAUGAACACAAUGGGCCAAUGAGGCUUAGAUACUGAAGAUAAAAUAAUUUCAGAACCAACACAACUCCAAACUCUAAUCUCAGAUGAAAUCAAAGGGAUAGCAUGAGGAAUGGCCCACUCCUUCUUCUUAACAAAUGAAGGUAACCUUUACUGAUGCGGAUGGAAUCAAAACGGCCAGCUUGGAUAUGGCGAGGCAGAUAAAUCACUUAGAAAACCUUACAGACUAUAUUUGAAAGAAGAUGAAAAAUUUCAGUAUAUAUCUUGUGGAGGAUGACAUACAAUUAUGAUAACUAAAGAAACAGGAAAGGCAUACACAACAGGACUGAAUUCAUGAGGACAACUCGGCCUUGGGUCUCAAUCAGAUCAAUUUAAACCCCAAUUAGUGGAUUCACUAGCCAGUGAUGUACAUCUAACUUAUGCUUCAUGAGGUGAAGAGUUUUCGUUCUUCGUCUCUGAGAGCGGGAAAGUAUACUCCUGAGGAUUAAACAACGUCGGGCAGUGUGGAUUUGAUCCUGAGCAAGAACAAAUGAUCGAGAUCCCCUCCCUUAUAACUUCAAUAGAAGACCAACAAAUCGAGUACAUAGUCUGUGGGAAAGGAGAGGCAAUGGCUAUCAAUAACAGAGGGAGUGUCUAUAAGUGGGGCUCAGCCUCUACAGAUGAAAGUUUCAGCGAAACCCGUCCAAAAGUCCUUACUACAUAUAAAAACAAAGAAGUGCUCCAAAUCUCAAGUGGAAGAGAGUUCUUCGGAAUUCUGCUAGCAGCCACUGAUAUCAAAAAGAGUUUCGCAACUGGAAAGGCACUCAAUUCUUCCAUCAAGGCAGGCAAAAAGACUUAUUUUGAGAUAAUCACUGUUGACAAAACUGGCUUUAUGAGAAGUAAAGGCGGAGACAGAGUCAAUGUCUUUGGCAUCAAUCAAGUCUCAGGCAAAAUAAUUGAUCCCAAAACAAUCGACAUCUUUGAUCCUAACACUGGGAGAUAUGAAGUUACACUCAAGAUAAGAGACAGUGGAAAAUAUUUACUCCAUGUCCUCGUAAAUGGAGAGCCAGUACAGAUGUCUCCCUUCAUUCUAGAUGUAAAACCCGGAGAGCUUGAAGCAAGCAAAUGUUCACUAACUUUCACUCCAUGAAACAACUUCAAAUUCGAAGAUGAGCCGGUAUACAAAAUGACUGCAGGAGAGACUGUCUUCUUCACAAUCAUUUUUAGAGAUAGAUCCGGUGCUGAAAUAGAUGAAAUUGAAGAUUUCUCAUAUUCUCGACUAAAAAUAAAACAGAAUGGGAAUACCACAACAGAUAAAGAGAUCAAAUGGGACAUUGACUUCUCCGAAUUCGGCGACAACACGCUCAAAAUGACUUGCUUUCUAGCAGAUUUCCAUAAGGUUCAAGUAUAUCUGGACGACUACCUGCUUCCUCUGGAAAUAGAUAUGAAGAUUAUUGCAAGAAUAAAAGAGAAAAAGAUUGAAAACAUCCAAACAGACUUCAUUAACCUAGACAUCACUGAAAGUUAUGCUUUCCCUCAAAAAUGAUGUAUCGAAGAUGAAACAUAUACCAGAUUCCCUUUAGCAGAAGGUGAGAGAGUUCAGGAUAAAGCGAUCCGAGCUGGCCACACUCAGCAUUUCAUGGUCUUGUUCAAAGAUGAGUUUGGGAAUCCAACUUCUCUUGUCAAUGAAGUACUUAACAUUCAAAUUACUGAGAAAGAUAACCAAAUGGAAAUAAAAGAUCUCCAAAUUCACGAGGAAAAUGAGUACAAGAGGAAAGUCACAUUCUGUAUAAAGCAAUCAGGAAGUUACCAAGUGACUGUACAACUUGGAGAUGAGCCUAUUCGACCUCAAGACAAAGCAUUUGACAUUCAUGUUAUUCAUAGCGAAGCUGACUUUGCCUGGACAAAAGUGCUAAAUCAUCAAGAAUGAUUCUCUGAUGAAGACCUAAUGCCUAAAGCCACAAUAGAAAGAGAAAUAAUUAUCCAAGCAAGAGACCAAUAUGGGAACUACUGUCACUAUCUCGACUGGGAAAAAGACAUUGAAUGCAGAAUAUUUCUCUUAAACUCUAGAACAAAACAAACAGAAGAGCUCAAGACAGAAUGAACCAUCGACCUCCCACAUAAAGACAGCUCGAUCUCGAAAUUUCCAUUCACGAUCACAAAGCCAGGGACGUAUAAAAUCCAAAUCUCCACAUCCACAAUGGGCAUCUUCGGGUCUCCCUUCUACUGCACCUUGGGCGAUGUCGAAGCUCGGCUGCAAGCCGAGCAUGAACAACGUGAAGCCCUCGAACAAGCCCGAAGAGCUCAAGAGCAGGAACGCCAGCUCCAGCUUGAAAAAGAAGAGAAAGCUCGGCUUAAACUUGAACUUGAGCGCAAACAGAAGGAAAUCCAGCAGAAAAUAAAACAACAAGAGAAGGAAGAACAAGCCAAAGAUCUAGAACGCAGAAGAAGGAUAGCAGAGCGCAUGAAGAGGAUCAGAGAGCUCGAACGUGAAAAGGAAGCUACCAGAAAGCUAAAUUUACAGAAAUUACAACAAAAAAUGGAGCGGAAGAAGAAAAUGAAACGUAUAGGAGGCGGAUUUACCGUUCCUUAUGAGCUUACAGCUGAUGAAGCAGAUGAAAUGAAGAAAACAACAAAAAUGCAAAAUUGGAUGCAGGAUGUUGAGAGUGAGGAGGAGAAGCAGUAAAAGCCCUAUUUUCAAUAAUAACCCAAUA